UCAAGUAAAGCUACCACCCUUUGUAAGGAAGUUGCCUUGGCAAUAGGAGUUGGCGAAGCAACUAUUGCUCAUAUAGUUGCUGAAUUCAAUAAAACUGAAGAGAUAAUGCCAUCAAAACAAAGUCAACGGGCUUCCAAAAAUUUUCAAACGGAAUAUAUGGAUGUAAUUCAUGAUCAAAUUCUUGCUAGAAAUAAAAGUGGUACUCCUCUUUCUCUUCGAACUCUUAUCAUAGAACUAUCUGAAUUGGGUUUUACAGUUUCAAAGAUACAGCUCGCACUCUAUUUAAAAAACUUGAGUAAGGCAAGAAAUUACCAAGAAAUAGUCAAAGUUGGAAUAUGUGAUGAAAGUGACGAAAAUGAGGAUGAAAAUUUAGAUUUGUAUUCAGAGAACGAAGACUCUGAUAAUGAAAAUUAA